CUGGACAAUGGGCGGUGCAGUUAAAUAGAGGGCUCAUCUCUGAUCUGUCCAGCGAGCUGCAUCCAUGGUCACACUUCUCCUGCCUCUGACUCUGUGAGAUCUCAACAGCAGGAUGCCUGAACAUGCCCAAGAGCGGAAACCCAAGAUCUCAGCCUCAAGGAAGCUGAUGCUCAAGAGUCUGAUGGUGGCAAAGGCCAAGGAGGAAUUGGAGCAGGAGAUUUUAGACAAAGAGGAGGAGAAACAUAGGUACCUGGCUGAGAGAGCUCCUCCUUUAAAUAUGAGUGGCCUGAGCCUUGGCCAGCUUCAGGAUCUCUGCAGGGAGCUACAUGCUAAGAUAGAUGUAGUUGACGAGGAGCGAUAUGACAUUGAAGCUAAGGUCAUGCUCAACACACGCGAGAUUAAAGACCUGAAUAUCAAGGUGCUGGACCUCAGGGGGAAAUUCAAGAGGCCUAAUCUUCGACGUGUCCGUGUGUCAGCUGACGCCAUCCUUCGCUCGCUGCUGGGAUCCAAGCACAAAGUCUCCAUGGACCUGCGAGCCAAUCUCAAGUCUGUCAAGAAAGAGGACACUGAAAAGAAGAGGCCAGUGGAGGACAGUGACUGGAGGAAGAAUGUGGAAGCCAUGUCAGGGAUGGAGGGAAGGAAGAAGAUGUUUGAUGCCGCUAAAGGUUCUGCGCAGUGAGGCCAGGAGGUGGGCUGGGGUCACAUCAGUGACAUCACUCCCCUACAUCUGAAUCUGUCCUGGUCUUCCUGGGUCUAUUGUGGCGUCUGUGUUGUUGUUUCACGCUGAUGUCCCUGCGGAUGCUCCUGCCAUGGAGGUGACAGUAUGCCCCCACACCCCUGAAAGGCUUUCAACUAUUCUGUCAGCUUUGUUUUUGAUAAGGUGUUAAAAUGACUCUGUCUGUUAUGUAAGAUUAUUUGUACUUUUCACACCAUGUUGCACCAAAGCCUCAGACAAUCGGCCUGAUGUUUGUGUGGCGGACAAAUGUGCCAAAUUAAACUGUACGUGUGAUUGUUUUGCUUGGGGAUAAACUUUAACCUUGUAAUGUAGAUUAUCAAAUAAUAGUGGUAAAAAAAGGUGCACUUCAUUGGCUGGACUGAAAGGGAAAAAGAACGAAUAAAAUAUCAAAAGUAUACUUUACAUGAAACAUUUUUCUGUGUGAUACUCCUUCAUGUGUGAUCAGCUGCUGUAUUCAGAUAUAUAAACUGCUUUUAUAAACUCUGAGAAUUUUAGUUUCUGUGAUCCUGUUGCAGUAGGACCAGCUUUUUAUUGCAGGUUGCAGACAGCACAUAGAGCAAAUGCACAGAUGAACACGUGCAGUUUAAAUGGUUUGUGUGUGUUCUUAUGGCUAAAGUAUCAUCCACUACUAAAAAAUGCUUAUUUCUCCUCCAGUCUGAACACAAUUUGUUCAGUCUGUGAUGCCAACCUUGCCAACAACUCCCAUAUGGUUAAGACAUUUAACUGCUAGAUCAUACGGACUGGGAUUGACUCCCAGGACACCUGGGAUUAAUGGGAACAAUACCUUGCUGUGCUCAACCUCACUAAAAGAAAGUUCCUACUUUGAUCCGAUGAAUCCGCUCUGCAACCUAAUAUAUACUUAAAAACGGCAAGCAUCACUACUGCUAAUAGCUUUUCAAUAUCGGUUGCAGUU